GUCCAUGACAUAAAAGCCAAGCAUGGGCAUCUCCUUCGUACUUGAGCUCAAGUGCACCAGGCGUCAUGUCAGGAAAUAUGGCAGAGGGUAUGUCAAAGAACGUCUUCGACGAUAGCUUUCGGGUGAGCAUGAUCAUGGGUUAUCCGCAAUUUUAUCCACCGGCCUACGGGGGAGAGUAUACGACAAGAAGUACAGGGCUCGAUAGUCGACGUCGAGACUCUGGAUUUGACGAACCGGAAGAUCGGGAAUACGAUCCGAACGAUUACCUUUUGCAAUCCUGGCUCGCGGAGUCAGAAGCCAAAGCCAAGACGAUCUCCACAUUCUGGUCGGGUCUAGCUCUCAUCCUCGGGAUGAUGACCACCUUACAUGUGACUGAAGGCGUGCGCUUUUUGGGGGGCUACUUCUUCAACGUGGACACUUCCAACAUCCCUUAUCUUGAGUCGGCGAGUUUUUUUGUCUGCUGGUGUACCGUCUUGCCGCCGUUGUUUUCCGAUGGGUCGACAACGUUCCUCCUCGAAAAAGCCGAGGUUCGACCGAGCUCUAUCCGUUCAAGCGCAUAAGUUUACGGGCCAUCGUUGCUCUCCUGGAUGACUUCCUCGACCAGAACGUCCCGCAUUUGAUUUUCUUCGGACCCAUAACCAUACUUGAUUUAGAGUUGCUGGCUGCCGUCAAAAUAGAUGGAUUGAUUACGAGUAUCUCAGCUCCCUUCUUACAGACGAAUGGGUCAUCAUUCCUCUCGGCCUGAUAGGGUGUUUUCUUUUUUUAUGCAUAUGGAGCUGGCAACUUGCGCAUGCCCACCAGUGCUUGUGGAGUCGUGCCUGCGAAAGAGAC